AUGAACCCCGUCGCCGCCACCUACUACCCCGUCGCCGCCACCUGCGGCCCCGUCGCCGUCACCUGCGGCCCCGUCGCCGCCACCUGCGGCCUUGUCGCCGCCACCUGCGGCCCCGUCGCCGUCACCUGCGGCCCCGUUGCCGCCACCUGUGGCCCCGUCGCCACCACCUGCGGCCCCGUCGCCGCCCCCUGCAGCCCCGUCGACGCCACCUACGGCCACGCAGCCGCCACCUGCGGCCCCGCCGCCACCUGCGGCCCCGUCGCCGCCACCUGCGGCCUCGUCGCCGUCACCUGCGGCCCCGUCGCCCUCCCCUAG